AUGCUAAAAUUACUGUUCUCAACCAGCUGCUUUUGUCACAUCCGUGCGGGUGUCCAGGGCUUCGAGCUGCAGCAGCCCCGGGACAAGGAGUUGGUGGCAGCGGGGGAGACGCUCACCCUGACCUGCACCAUGUCCGGAGGCGGUCCCGUUGGCGCUGUGAGGUGGCUGAAGGGCCUGGGCAGCGGGAACAAGACCGUCUAUGAGCAGAAGGGCUCCUUCCCCCGCGUGACGAGGGUAGUGAACGAGUCCGACACGGACUUCAGCAUCCACAUCAGGGAUGUUCGCCCCGAGGAUGCCGGCACCUAUUACUGCGUGAAGUUCAAGAAAUCGCUGCUUGGUGAUGAUGAGGUGCUUCAGCAUGGGCGGGGCACGGUGGUAUCCCUGCAGGACAGCCCUGGUUCCCCGCAUGUGGCUGCAGCUGUAGCGCUCUGCUUCCUCCUCCUCCUCGGCUUCUUCGUCGCCCUUUGCAUGUACAAGGAGGAAGCCAGAGGCGAGGUGGAGAGCCAGUGCCCGGCCAGGCAGGCGGCCACGGGCAGCUUCUUGCCCAUCCCUCUGCGGUGCUGUGCAGGGACUUCUGGCACCCCCAGUGUGGGCAUCAUGUGUGGCCACGUGCCGCAGAGCCCGGCUAAAAUUCGGGAGGGGAAUUGA